GUCAUAGGGUCAAAAAGCGACCAGACUGUAAGUUGAGACCCGGUAAUCUUAAUAGGGUCGGAAGAUGAAUCCAUCCUAAACUGGCCCGGCCCGGUCCUCAAGGCCAAGCCGAAACCGAGUCUGUGGGUAUCUAGGGUCAGGUUUACAACCCUAUAUAUAUAGUUAUUUGCUCCUACCACUCUCUUAGAUGAUCUUGUUAGUAUAUGGUAUUAUAAGAUCCAUUAUUUGAACUCUCUCAACAACUCGCGUAUUUGGGAUUAACUGGUUCUUGACAUAUUAUCACAGCUAGCCUUGUGCGAUCGAGAGACCUUUUAUAUUGAAUUUCAAUGACCCUAUAUACUCUCUUAAUCACAUGAUAUGUCCAUAACUACUACGCAAAUUUGUCAUUGAAUCUCUUACAAUCACUCGAGUUAUUGCAAUCUAACGUACAAAUCACUGGUUUCUUUCUUCUUUCUGCAUGAAAAAAAAAAACAGGUGCUUGGACAAGGCAGCUAUAGUAACAGAAAACGACUUCAAAUCCACAAGUACUCCAGACCAACAAAAACCAAAACUGUGGCAGCUCAACACCGUCCACCGCGUCGAGGAGCUGAAAUCCAUCCUCCGGGUCCUCCCCAUCUGGGUCUCCGGCAUCCUCCUCGUCGCCGCCUCCUCCCACCUCCACAGCUUCGUCAUCCUCCAAGCCUUCUCCAUGGACCGCCACAUCUUCCCCAAAUCCUCCUUCCAAAUCCCUCCGGCCACCCUCUCCAUCUUCAGCGUCCUCACCAUGAUGCUCGGCCUCGUCCUCUACGAGCGCAUCUUCGUCCCCUUCGCCCGCCGCUUCACCAACAACCCCGCCGGGAUCACCUGCCUCCAGCGCAUGGGCAUCGGCGCCGUCAUCAACAUCGUCGCCACCGUCGUCUCGGCAUUCAUCGAGGCGAAGCGAAAGCACGCGGCGGCUCGCUACGGCUUGCUCGACAGCCCCAAGGCCGUGAUACCGAUGACCGUGUUCUGGCUGAUCCCGCAGUACGUGCUGCAUGGCGUCGCCGAGGUGUUUAACGCCGUGGGGCAUAUCGAGUUCUUGUACGAUCAGUCGCCCGAGAGCAUGAGGAGCACGGCGUCGGCAUUGUACUCGCUGACGUUGUCGUUCGGGAACUAUAUUGGGACCGGGUUGGUGACGCUGGUGCAUAGGUAUACGGGGAAGGACGGGGAGGAGAAUUGGUUGCCGGAUCGGAACUUGAAUCGAGGGAAGUUGGAUUACUAUUACUUGCUGGUGACGGGGAUUCAGGCGGUGAACUUUGUGUAUUUUGUGACGGUGGCGUGGUUGUAUACUUACAAGCCGUUGGAGGAGGAGAAGGAGGAUGGAGAUGGUGGGAGAGAGGAGGGGAUUAAUGGAGGUGGUGAGAAUGGGAAGAAGGGAUGUGAGGAGGAGAAUGGUGAGGUUGAGCUUCCUCGAAGAAACGGAGUUGUGUAGGUGUAUGGCAAUAUGUAGUUUUACACUAGGUAUGAUGAUAUAUAUCCUUCAAUAAGUAGAGGUGAGAAGUGAUUAGUUUACUUCUACUUAGCUUGCUGUAUUAAUUCUAAUCUUAAAGUUAUAUAUAUAAUAUAUGUGAUUAUGGUUACCUAAACUUUGAAAUUUUGGUACCUUGAGCUGGGCUUUAUGGGCUGUAUCUCUCUAAGAAUUUAAAAUUUUGGGACAGGGUCCAAUGCAUAAGUGCUUCCACGUCAAUGAAUUGUAAAACGAAUU